AUGGGAAAAGGGGAGGGGCGUUCCACUUCUGCCAAUGGGUGGAAAUUUGGUUCAGCGUCUGAGGCUGGUUACGCUGGUCAUAACUCUUCGAGCUCGGUACAUACUUCGCAGGGUUCAUCUUCUAGACCUGUAGUUCGUGGAGGGCAUUCUGGUCAUUCAGGUUCCUCUCAUCAGCCUGCGUCUCGUAGGCGUUGCUUUGAGUGUGGUGAUAUGGGACACUUUAAUGGUAGAGGUGGUUCUCAUUCAGGUAGAGGUGGUUCUCCUUCUGGUCGAGGUGGUGGUCGUGGAGGUUCACAAUCUGAUGGUCCAGCAGACCCAUUCAUGCUGCUAUACCAGCGUCUGAGGCUGGGUUCAUCUUCUAGACCUGUAGUUCGUGGAGGGCAUUCUGGUCAUUCAGGUUCCUCUCAUCAGCCUGCGUCUCGUAGGGGUUGCUUUGAGUUUGGUGAUAUGGGACACUUUGUGAGAGACUGCCCUAGGACCAGACGUCUUGGCUUACAUUAG